AUGGAGGGUGUUCCACCUGAUUUGGAACCUGAUGUAAUAAUGCGGAAAAAAGGAAAAAAUGCGAAGUUGAAAAAUAAGCUCAAAUUCGUUCAGGAUUCUGAUUCCAAGCAAUUGAUUGAUUCAUCCCAAGCUAAAUCGGUCUCCUCCCUUGUCAACAAGUUUGAAUCUGAAGCUGUCCCGAUCAGUUCUAUAAUCCCGUCUGAAGCUGGUAAUGCCGAAAAUUCCAAAUUGGUUAGUAUGGCCUUUGAUUCUUCUCUUUUUGUGAAAAAUGAAGAUAUUCCUCCUAAUUGUUUGAUUCUGAAUUCGCAAAUCUCUCAUAAUAUCGCUAAUUUGAAAAAUCAUGUUAUCCCCUGUUCGCUUAAUACCGAGUGCUCCUCUCCUUCUAUUAUUCUGCAUGGCUCGAAUAUUUCUAUUAAUGAAGAGAUGGAUUCAAUUGAUGUUCUAAGUCAUCCUGUUGCUGAAUUUGAAAAAGAUAUUGCUCAAUUUUGUGGAAUUGGAGAGAAAAAUGCUAUGAUGGCUUUUUGGAAUGGAUUAUCUGUAAAUGAAAAAGAAGGAUUUGUUCAUGGUUUGAGAUUCACGAAGAAGAAAUACAAUAAUGGAAUAGAAGCUGAUGAAGACAAGGUGGAUGCUAUUGAUGAUGUUAAGAAGAUCUCCUUGGUCAGUCAAAGGAACGAGAUGCUGCUGAAUUGGAAAGACUUGCCCGAUAAGAAAAAAGAAAAAAUAAUUCGUAAACUUUGCACUAGCAAAGUUAAAAAAUUGGCUGAAGCAAAUUUUGGGAAGAACCGAAUUCCAAUCAAAACUUCUUCUUCUCUGUUCCCUUCUUCGGUUAAUAUGAAAAUCUCUUCGGAACUUGAAGCUUCUGAUGGUCUUCAAAAAGUUGGUGAAACUGUGAUUAAGCUUUUCCCUGAAGGGGAUCCAAAGCUGAAUUUAAAUGAGCCAGUGAGUGUUGAUCUUCAAGAAAUCUGUUCUCUGCAAUCUGUGGUUAAGGAAAAGAAAGAGAAAAGGAAAAUUGAAAUUGAUGAAAUGGUGAGUAGACAACUAGAACAAGUAUGUAAUGAGAUUAUUUUUCACUUCCCUAGCAAGUUCAAUCAUAUUGAAAUUGAAAAAAAAGGAGAGUUUAAUUUCAACUAUGAUGAUCCGGAUGACAAGGGCAUUAAUGUCCAAAUGACGGUUGAUGAAGAUGAGGAUAAGAAAGGAAGUAUUCGAAAUAGUAAUGGAGGGCUUCUCAUCACUGAAAACAUGCUGGAACAAAUGAAGAAUGGGGAGAUAAAGAACAAGGUGAAUAUGAAUGCUCCCAUAAUGGCUUUGGAUGAAUUAAAAACAAAUGAACCUGUGUCAUAUGCUGAAAAAGUUAGUGGGAAGAAGCUUAAUGCAGCAAACCUUAUUUCUAAGGUUAAGAAGAAUGCGGAAUUACCUGAUGGAGUGGUGGAAAUGCCAAUUUGUGAUAUCCUUAAAGGCUGCAGCCCCUUUAAGACCACCCUUUAUGGAUAUUUCAUUGACAAACAUGUUAAUUUUUUUAAUGUUAACAAGUUUGCUCACAACACAUGGAAAAAACAUGGAUUAGAGGAAGUAAUGGUGAAUGACGAAGGAAUUUAUUUUUUCAGAUUUAGCACUGAACAAGGCAUGAUUUCUGUGUUAGAGGGAGGAGUUUGGAUGAUUUUUGACAGUGCCCUUGUCGUUAGAAGAUGGACCACUGGUGUGAGCUCGGCCAAAGAUCAACAUGACAAAGUUCCAGUUUGGGUCAAAAUAUAUAAUGUUCCUCUUGAAUAUUGGAAUGGAACAGGGCUGAGUCAUAUUGCUUGGGAAAUAGGAAAACCACUGGAUGUUGAUGCCCAUACAGCAAAAAUGUGUCAAGAGCAUUGGGGAAGACCGGCCUUUAUGAGAAUUCUGAUUGAAAUGUCUGCUGCAAAGGAAUGGCUAAAGGAAGUUCAUGUAUAUUCGUCGGACCUUACUACAGGAGAAAGAAUUCUGUCAAGAUGCAAAAUUGAAUAUGCUUGGAAUCCUUCCAAAUGCUCUCAUUGCAAGGUUUAUGGGCAUAAAGAUAGUACAUGUGGAAUUUUACUUGCUAAGGAGGCCAAUGAUGCAGUGAAUUCUAAAUCUGAUGAACAUAAUAAGGAUGGCAACAAAGUUGAUUUAAUGGAAAUUCUUAUUGCGAGCACAAAAAAAGUUGAAGAAGAUAAAGAUGGGUUUCAAACAGUGGUCAAAAGAAAUAAGGGAAUAAAUACUGGAGAAAAAAUCAAGGAAGGAAAUGGAAUAAAAAAUCAGAAUGUUUCUCAUGGGCAUUCUUGGAAAAACCAAGGCAAUGGAAGGAAUGCGGCUAAAAGUACUGCUGGAAGUCAGGGGCAAAAAGGGAAUAGUGGAGAAAAAAACUCGGUUGGAAAUCAGGGGCAAAAAGGGAAUAACUUUGAAAAAAAUGGAUAUAGUUAUGGGGGCAACCAAUGGAUUAAGGGGGAAAAUAGUAAAAGUUCUAAUUUCUCGAGCAAAAAUGUUAAUGUUGGAGCUGGCACAGGUGGGAAUAAUGAUCUGGGGAAUUUGCAAGUUUCGGCUGCUCAUAAAGAUCCGAAUUUAUUUUCGGAAAAAAGAAAAAACUUUGGCAGUGGGCUGAAGUAUGUUCCAAAGUCCAGAGAUGAUUUUAAGAUUAGUUCUAACUUUGAUAAAAGCCCAAAAGUUGAAAAAAUUCAAGAUCCUGCGAUUAUUUUGUCCAGCAACAAAUUUGAGGUCUUGAAGAAUUUGGAAGAGGAUAAUCAAAUGGAUUAUUCAAGGAAAAGUAUUCAAGAUAUUGAUCUCGAUUAUUUGGAUAAUGUUGAUCAAAUGGAAGUUAUAGGAGCUAUCCUUGAAUCUCAAGUUAGCUUGAAUAAACUUAAUGAGAAGUGUGAUAAAAUCUUUGGGAAUUGGAAGUGGACUGCUGUUAAGGGGAACUUAGGGCGUACUUACCGCAUUAUUUUGGGAUGGAAUCCGCUUCUUUUUUAUGUUAACUUGAUUGAUCAUAAUGAUCAAGUUAUUCAUUGUAAAGUUUGGUUUCCUUCAAACAACAAAUUUGUCUUUUGUUCCAUUGUUUAUGCUGCCAAUAAGUACAUUGAUAGAAGAGCUUUGUGGUCUUCUCUUGUGCAUCAUAAAAGUUUUGUCAAUGAAGAUCCUUGGAUUAUUGGUGGUGAUUUUAAUGUCACACUUAAUCCUUGUGAAAGUUUCGCUGGAUCUUCCAAAUUUACUAAAGGGAUGGUGGAAUUUCAUGAUUGCAUUAAUUCUCUUGAAAUUCAAGAUAUUAAUUGUAAUGGAUUGAAUUUCACUUGGAAUCAAAAGCCGAAAGGAUUAAAUGGAAUUAUGAAGAAACUUGAUCGUGUCAUGGGCAAUUGCAAACUUCUGGAUCAAUUUCCUUCUAUUUGUGCUUCUUUUCUUCCUUACGGGAUUUCUGAUCAUAGUCCGGUCAUCAUUAAAAUUCCCUCAAGAUCUAAAUUUAAGGUGCUUCCGUUUAAAUUCCCCAAUGUUCUUACCCUCUGUCCUGAUCUGAAAUUAAUUGUUGAAAGGCACUGGAACAUUGAUAUUCAAGAGCUGGAAGCGGUUCAAGUUGAAUUGGACAUGGAUCCGUAUAAUUCUCAUCUUCGCGAUCUGGAGGCAAUUUUUCUUGAAGAAUUCAAAAAAGCUCAUGAUAAGGAAGAGAUUUUCUUAAAGCAAAAAGCUAAAGUUCAAUGGCUAAAGGAGGGUGACAGCAAUUCAAAAUUUUUUCACAGAAUUGUUAAAGGGAAAAUGCAUAAAAACAGAAUAGAAGCUGUUAUGAAUUGUCAUGGAGAGUGGCUGGAAGGGGAGGCUGUUUAUAAAGAGUUUGUUGACUAUUUUCAGGAUUUUCUUGGAAAAGAGGUGACUUGUGACGAAAUUUAUCAGCCUGAUUCUCUUUUCAUUAAUAAAUUGGAUCUUAGUGAUGCUGUUGAUAUGGUUAAGAUUGUUUCUAAUGAUGAAAUUAAGGUUGCCCUCUUUGACAUAGAGGAUGAUAAAGCUCCUGGUUCGGAUGGGUAUUCGGCUAAGUUUUUCAAAUCUAUGUGGACUAUUAUUGGAGAGGAUUUUUGUUUAGCUGUCAAGGAAUUUUUUGCUAAUGGGAAAAUCCUCAAGGAGAUAAAUUCUACUGUCAUUGCUUUAGUCCCUAAAGUUAAUUCUCCUGGGAAAAAUUUUCUGUGGGACUGUGAUGAAUCCAAGAAGGGAAGAGCUAAAGUUUCAUGGUCUUCCAUUUGUAAACCUGUUGAGAAUGGGGGGUUGGGUCUCAGAAAUCUUAGAGUUUGGAACAAAGCUAUUAUAUCUAAAAGAAUAUGGAUGAUUUUAUCUAACUUUGACUCCUUGUGGGUCAAAUGGAUAAACAUUCAUGUUCUCAAGGGUAGAAGUUUUUGGGAUGUUAAGGAAAAACAGGACCUAAGUUGGAGCUGGAGGAAUUUGAUUAGAUUGAGAACCAAAUUUAGAAAUCAUUUUUUUACCAAGAUCGGGAAUGGGGCAAAUUCUUUUAUGUGGUAUGAUGAUUGGCACCAGCUGGGAGCUUUUUCGCAUGUUCUUUCUCCUAGAGAUAUUACUAAAGCUGGAUUCAGAAUCACUGACAAAGUCAAGGAUGUUAUUGUGGGCAAUUCUUGGUCUUGGCCGUCUGAGUGGAUCACUCUUAUUCCUCAAUUGAGAGAUCAUCAAUUGCCGAUUCUUGAUCCUUUGGUGGCCGACAGAACUUUAUGGAGAAAAAGAGAUGGUCAAGUGGUGGAAUUUGAUAUUCAUCAAGUUUGGAGGGACUUAAAUUUCUGCGGUCAGAAGGUUCCUUGGGCCCAUUUGGUUUGGUUCAAACAAUGUAUUCCUAGACUCAGCUUCAUCUUAUGGCUUGCUAUCCAGGAGAGAUUGAUGACCCAGGAUAGAAUGAGAUUUUGGGAUAAAAACAAGAAUCUCAAGUGUGUUUUUUGUAAUAUGCAACCUGACUCGCACAAUCACCUCUUUUUUGAAUGCUCGUAUUCUUCUCUUGUCUGGAACCUAGUGAAAGAUAAAGUGGGAAUCACUAGUAAUUCUCAAGGAUGGGAUACUUUAAUUGAAGAGUUUCAAGAUCUGUUGAAAGGGAAAAGCAUUCAAGUUUUCAUAUCUAAGAUUUCCUUUGCUGCUUCUGUGUAUUUCAUUUGGAGAGAGAGAAAUAGAAGGCUAUUUAGAAAUGGAAAGUCCGAAGAGAGGAAAAUUGCCUUGAAUGUUUUUGAAGAAAUCCGUUUAAAGCUUAUUGGUCUUAAAGGUGUUUUUUCGGGAUUUGAUAAUGUUGUUAAAAGGAAGUGGGGUAUUCCGAUUGGUGAGAAAAAGCAAGAUUUUUAUGAUGAUUAA